AUGGCCGUCAACGGGCACCGACACUCGACUUCGGUGUCCCAGAACCACAAAGCUCAGCUUGCUAAUGCUUACAAUGAACUUGGAAAGGAGCUCUCCUCCCAGAAGAUUAGGGUCGUUGGCAAUUACACGCUCGGGAAGGUGAUUGGAGAGGGAACGUAUGGGAAGGUGCGCCUCGGCGUACAUCGCUUGACCGGCGUUCGUGUCGCUAUUAAGCAAAUUCCAAAAGCCAUGUCGGCCUCACUCACGCGUGAGAUACACCAUCACCGCCAGUUGCACCACCCACAUGUCACGCAGCUUUACGAAGUCAUAGCAACAGAGACAUAUAUCUGGCUUGUUACUGAGCUUUGUUCUGGUGGCGAAUUAUUCGAUUACCUCGCCGAGAAAGGCCGGCUGGACGAGGACGAGACGCGGAUCAUCUUCGGUCAGCUAUGCCUUGCAGUUGCAUACGUGCAUUCUAAAGGUAUCGUCCACCGAGACUUGAAGCUGGAGAAUGUUCUGUUGGAUGAGCGCUGCCGAGUGAAGUUGGGCGACUUUGGGUUCACUCGAGAGUUUGAACGGGGCUCGCUCCUUGAAACGUUCUGUGGUACAACAGGGUAUGCGUCCCCUGAGAUGCUGCUUGCGAAGAAAUACUUUGGACCAGGCAAGUAG